UCCAGGAAAUAUGGAUAUGACUCAACAUAAGAAUUCCGUUUUCUUGAUUACAGUAACAAUUCUAUCGUGGAUAUCAACGGUUGAAAGUAUCGAUUGCUUCAAGUGCGUGUCUAUGAACGGUCGUUUCCCUGCGUGUGAUGAUCCCUUCCACAACAAUCAUUCCCUGCAGCUGCUCGAGUCGCCUUGUAUGGGCGGCAGGAAGGGGAGAGACGGUCUAUUCCCUGCUUUAAUGUGUAUUUCAGACGACACUGGUGAAAAGAUUACAGUCCGCGGCUGCGGGCUGGACUCGGGGACUGCUACCACCGACACUGAGAUCAUUCGUAUGUCUCACUGCGGACGAUUCUACUACGAUGAUAGGUAUGUACACGGCUGCCUGCAGAGUUGCAACGACGCGGACGCCUGCAACUCCUCUGACGUCAUCAAAUCACAAUUGAUACUGGCAACUCUAUUAUUGAUGACGUCACUCAGCUAACGUCAAAUGUAAUUCGAUUUAUGUAACUCGUGCACGAUAAUUAUAGUCAAAUAUCUAGCCUAUCGUUAUAAGCAAAGAUAUUUAAACAUGUAUAGACGAGGCCGUGAACAAUUUUGUUUCACUGGUACUUUCCCUGAUAGGUACUAUACCAGUUGUCAAGUUUAGUGUCACCUCGUGUAUUGACAUGUAAUAAAAAAUAUUACUAAAUUAUAAUAAGC